GGCGCUAAAUCUGUCUUCUGUCUGCCGCAUACAGAAACUAAAUGUUGGGGUAAAAUUAGUAGAUAAGACUGUCUGAGUUUAAUGAACUUUACUGAAUUACAACCCCGCGGCGAGACAAACUCAGCGCGAGCCUCCGGUCACUUGUCUCAUCCCGUGUCACGAGCAAUGCUGAAGAAACUGGCCGCCGCAACUUUGUGAACCUAGCUCGGACUGCUAGCUAGCUAACGCUCGCUAGUUCAGCUUCUUCUCCAACAAUGUCUACUCUUCCACAAAAUAACUUGAAGGAACAGCUGGCGAGGCACAGCAAUGCGGCUCAGACCAGGUUGUCUCUGGCUAAACCCAAAUCGGGGGCCUUUUCUUUCAGAAAGAAGUCCUCAUCGGGUACAACCAAGGUGGCAGUCCCGACCAAGGUAAUCUGCACUAGUGUUUUGACAGACAGGAAUGUCAAUGUCCCUAAGAACAGUUUGGUGACUAAAUCUCCUUUGACAUUUUUAAACAAGCUUGAGAGAUCUCAAAAAUCCAAAAUCAACAACUUCUUCUCUGUAAGUACAAAAGACAAGUCGGACUCCAUUAGCCCAACAGGUAACUGUGCUCCUGCAGGCCAGACUCCUUCAGCAGUGUCUGGUCCAACUAAAUCUGACAACCAGAUUAAAAGUGGCACACAAGGCAGUUCCAUAAGUCUGGAUGCAUCUCUUGGAUUCCCAAUGGAUGACUGGGAUGAUUUUGAUGACUUUGAAACUACUGCCAAAGGAAAAAAUGACUCAGUCAGAUCCGAAGUAUCGGGGAAGAGCUCCAAUCCACUGUCAUCUCCCAGGGAAGACAAAACACAAUUCACAGGGAAACUAAACCAUGAUGCCUCUCUUAUGACGCCAGAGGAAAGCAACAGUUCUGCAAGCAAGAAUGGUCUUUGCAGAAGUGAACUAUCUUGUAUGAAAAUAGAUGAACUGGAGCACAGUGUUGACAAAGCUGCAGUUUCACCCGGACAUAGUUUGAACCAGGACCCAGCAGAGUGGGAACUUGAGGAUUCUCCAGUUAAAAUGAGCAGAAGACGUCCUCCUGCCCAUCUUCAGGCUGUCAUGAGUGAUAGUGAAGAGGACAACGAUGUGCUCGAGCCUUUUAAAGGAAUGAAAGAUGAUAAGAAAACAUGGAUUGACCCAGAGGUAAUAGAGCUUGAUGGCAACUCAGAGCCUGAAGAUGACCUUGAUUACAUUCCCCCUUCUCCGAUCCCUGAUGAGAUCUCUUACACUACUUCUGCAUUGGAGAUGAGAUCUAAAUCAGCUGAUGCUGAAAGCAGAUACAGUCCUGUGCAAUCAAAGGGACCCGUCACAGCACUACAUGAAUCUGAUCACACAUUAGACAAAACAAAUGAGCAACUGUUAAGUAUCAUGGAGUCCAUUUGUGCUCUGGUCGAUUUCAUCCCUGAACAUGAGCUAAUAGCUCUGUCUUGUGGAAGUGAGCUUUUGCUGAAGAGGGCUCAAAGGAAGAGGAUCCUUGCAACUGGUGGCGGCAGUUCAUUGAGGAUGCAGCAGCCCGACAGCACUAUGAUUUCUGAACCCAGCUUUAAAGACAAAUCUUCUUUUAGCUGUGAUACGUCGAGUGUUAUGUCAUCUAGCAGCUCUGUGCCUGUGGACUCCAAGAAGCCUCCUCCGAUCAGGAGAUCUUCUUUCAUCUCUGUGGACUACGACUCUGAUCACUCUGACAGUAUUAUUAUUGGGAAACCCAUUCACAGCAGGACCAUGUAUGUAGAACGUGAGAGUAUCUGUGACUCUCCAUCAACCCACAGCCUCACAAAUCCAUCUUUUAAUUUCUCUAAGAAAACAAGCACAAACCAGGAUGGUUCAGAUCUCUUCUUCUCACCCAAGAAGCCAGAAACUGGUUUUCAGAACAAACCUGAAACCCCAGUAACCAUGACAGCGGCAGAGGACAUAGAACCAGAUGACUUUUACAUUGACGACUUUGACAUAGAUGACUUCAACGACUCAGAUAUUCCUGGUUACUUUGAUGAACCGUCAGUGUCGGGACAAACGUCCGGCACCGUGACUCCAACAGUGAAAGAGGGGGGACCAAGCAAAUCUUCAUGGGAGAAGAAACCAACAACGCCUGCUCCUGCUCCCAAGCCUUCAAAGAUCUGCUCUCCUGAACCCACCUUCCGGAACCCGGCUCAUGACCGCUUCAGAGGGUUCAACUUCCCCCACUCACAGGAGAUGAUGAAGAUCUUUCACAAGAGAUUUGGUCUUCAUCAAUUCAGGUUCAAUCAACUUGAAGCAAUUAAUGCAACCCUUCAGGGAGAAGACACAUUUGUUUUGAUGCCCACAGGCGGGGGUAAAAGCCUGUGCUACCAGCUGCCUGCCUGCGUGUCAUCAGGAGUCACUGUGGUCAUCUCCCCACUUAAAUCACUCAUUGUAGACCAGGUCCAGAAACUCACUACACUGGAUAUCCCAGCAACAAGCCUGUCUGGUGAUAAAAGUGACACUGAAACAGGGAGGAUCUAUAUGCAGCUCUCCAGGAAAGACCCCAUCAUUAAACUGCUCUACGUCACUCCUGAGAAGGUGAGUGCAAGUAACAGGCUGAUCUCCGCCCUGCAGAACCUGUACGAGCGCCGCCUUUUAGCCCGGUUUGUCAUAGAUGAGGCCCAUUGUGUCAGUCAGUGGGGCCACGAUUUCCGGCCAGACUACAAGAGGUUGCAUGAACUGCGUCAGAAGUUCCCCAAUGUGCCGAUGAUGGCCCUGACAGCCACCGCCACCCCCCGUGUUCAGAAAGACAUCCUCAACCAACUGAAUAUGACUCGGCCGCAGGUGUUUACCAUGAGUUUCAACAGAACAAACCUGAAGUAUGCCGUGUUGCCCAAGAAACCCAAAAAGGUUGAUGAGGACUGCAUCACCUGGAUCAAGAAGCACUACCCCCGUGACUCUGGUAUUGUGUACUGCCUGUCCCGCAAUGACUGUGAUGCCAUGGCUGAGAGUCUGCAGAGAGCAGGGAUUUUAGCUCUGUCGUAUCACGCAGGCCUGCGUGACAGUGACAGAGAAUAUGUGCAGACCAAGUGGAUCAAUCAGGACGGCUGCCAGGUCAUCUGUGCCACCAUAGCCUUUGGCAUGGGCAUUGACAAGCCUGAUGUGCGCUAUGUGAUCCAUGCCAGUCUGCCAAAGUCAGUGGAGGGUUACUACCAGGAGUCUGGGAGAGCUGGCAGAGAUGGAGAGAUCUCUCACUGUAUUCUCUUCUACUCCUACACCGACGUUCACCGCAUCAAGAGGAUUAUCAGCAUGGACAGAGAAGGUGACAGACACACCAAGUCGACUCAUUUCAACAACCUACACAGCAUGGUGCACUUCUGUGAGAACGUGAUGGAGUGCAGAAGAAUUCAGCUGCUCGCAUACUUCGGGGAGUUGAAGUUCAACAAAAGCUUCUGUAAGGAGCACGCAGACGUCAGCUGUGACAACUGUUCCAAACCCAACCAAUACAAGAUGAGAAAUGUCACUGAAGAUGUGAAGAAGGUGGUGAGGUUUGUCCAGGAGAACUGCGAGAAAGUCGGAGCAAGGUUUGGUAAGACUGCUCAGCAAAACCGACUGACACUGAAUAUGCUGGUGGACAUCUUCAUAGGGUCUAAGUCUGCCAAGAUACAGACAGGAAUGUUCGGAAUGGGAGGAGCCUACUCGAGGCAUAAUGCUGACCGUCUCUUCAAAAAAUUGGUUCUGGACAACAUCCUAGUGGAGGAUCUCUACAUCACUAACAACGGCCAAGCUGUGUCUUAUAUCUCUGCUGGACCCAAAGCUAUGAACGUGCUGUCUGGGCGCAUGCAGGUGGAGUUCUAUGAGACAGAGAGCGCUUCAAGCAUCAGGAAACACAAAGCCGCUGUGGCCAAGAACGUCUCCCAGAGAGAGGAGAUGGUCCAGCAGUGUCUGAAGGAGCUGACGGAUCUGUGCAAGCAGCUGGGAAAAGCAUUUGGCAUUCACUAUUACAACAUCUUCUCCACCGCCACCUUGAAAAAGAUAGCUGAGAAGCUUUCUUCUGACCCCGAAGUCCUCCUACAAAUUGAUGGUGUGACAGAAGACAAACUGGAGAAGUAUGGCGCAGAAGUCAUUCAGGUCCUACAGAAAUACUCUGAGUGGCAGCUGCCUGCUGAGGAGCAGACUGACGAUGGUGGAGACGGCUGGAUAGACACGACACGAGGACGCUCACAGGGAGAUUACAAUGACGAGGACGACACUGAGUCCUCCACCUACUUCCAUAAUCAGGCUGCACAGGGCCAUAAGAGAAAGAAAGCUCCUUUCUUCAAGUAUUCCAAGAAGAGAAAGGCAUAUGGCAACACAAGUACCAACUCCAAAGGUCGUGGCUACAGCAGCAAUAAAUCAUGGUCAUCAUCAAGCUCCAGAGGUGGAUCCAAAGCUGCAGGCCGGGGGUCCAGGAGCUCAGCGGGGGACGCAUCAGUAGGCAGGCGGCCAGGCUUCCUGUCCGCCCCAAUCCCUCAAACCAACCAGCGACCCUUCUUAAAGCCAGUCUUUUCACACUUGGACUAGUGCCAUCCUCUGGAUCUGAAUUCCUAGGACAGCAAAGUACUCAAACCAAUCUGUUGGUAAUUGUUGUAAAGUUUGUGUCUGUUAAAUCCCAACUGUUUAUUGAAACUGCUAAAAUUGUAUUUUUAAGUUCUGUACAGUUACUGUCAUGGUGUCCGCAUUUCAUAUUGAUUGCUGUAAAUUGUUAUGUAAAUUUUUCACUGUCCAGUUUUAUAUUAAAGACUCAUUGAAAUUUUA